UGGUGUAUAAAUUGCACUGAAGGUAGGGAGCUUUGUAUUGGAUUUUCCGCUUUGCAAACUCAGAGCUCGUUCAAACCAAAACAAAAGCCAAUAAGCUUCUCAUAGAUUACCUUAUUUAUAGCUGGUCAGGCUUGGUUUAAUGGAGAACUCGUUGGGUCUUCUCAGAAUUCACAUGCAAAGAGGAGUCAACCUUGCUGUUAGAGACAUGAAAAGCAGUGAUCCCUAUGUUAUUGUCAAGAUGGGCAAGCAGAAGUUAAAGACUCGUGUGGUGAAGAGGAGUCUGAAUCCAGAGUGGAAUGAACUUUUAACUCUAUCAAUUUCAGAUCCAAAUGUCCCAAUCAAGCUGUUUGUGUAUGACAGAGACACAUUCACUUUUGAUGACAAAAUGGGGGAUGCAGAGUUUGAUAUUGGUCCAUUUCUCCAAGUUAUAUCUAUGGGAUUGGCAGGUCUCCCGGAUGGAACAGUAAUUACAAAAGUAGGACCAAACAGGCAAAACUGUCUUGCCGAAGACAGCUGCAUUGUCUUCUCUAAUGGAAAAGUUGUUCAAAACAUGGUUCUCAGACUGAGAAAUGUGGAGUGUGGUGAAGUAGAGCUUCAAUUGCAAUGGAUUGCUACCUCUGGUUCUAAGCGUUUGUAAAUGGACCAAUAUAUUGUUGCAUUUUGGUGUACAGACAGAGCAUGGAGCAUGAAAACUUGCGCAUGUUAGUCACUUUUUGGUACUUUCUCUCAAUAGAUGAGAAAGUAUGUGUAUUUGUGCAUGUGUGUCUAUACAUAUGUAAUGCCUGUUACAUACAUUUUGGUGUGUAGACAGGGAGCAUCAAAAAUUGCACAUUUAAGUUUAUUCAUUUGGUACUUUUUGCCAAUAGAUAACAAAAUUUUGUAGAGUGAAUUUUACUAUGAGUUUGUAUAUAUGUAGGUAUGCAUGUAUAUGUAUACGUGCGUAUGUCCAUUAUAUAUGUAUGUAUGCAUGCACAUGUAAAUGUACCUUGCACAUAGCCACACCAUUCACCACAA